CUGAAUCCUCUGCUCUUCGAACGGGAAUUCCCCUAUAAGAAACACGCAUCUUCCUUCCUCUCUCCCCACCCAAAUCUGCAAUCCCAGCACACGCAUAAAGAAAGAGAAUCAUGGCGGAAACAGGGCACCCCUGUGCGCUUCACAAGCCACGGCUCGUCGUCAGGAAGUUUCAGGCUCGACCGCAGCGCGAAGGCGAAGGCGCCGUAGUGAGAAGAAGCAUUGGGAGGUUUGAGCUCAAGUACUUCGAUCCUUUCCUUGUUCUGGAUGAAUUCUCAGUCGCUGCCCCUGCUGGAUUUCCUGAUCAUCCUCACCGAGGUUUUGAGACUGUCACUUACAUGCUCGAGGGAGCUGUGAAGCAUGAAGACUUUGAAGGCCACAAGGGCACCAUCAUGGCGGGCGACCUGCAAUGGAUGACCGCCGGCAAGGGAAUCGUGCACUCCGAGAUGCCGGCGGGACAAGGCACGGCCAAGGGACUUCAGCUGUGGAUCAAUCUCUCCUCCAACGACAAAAUGAUCGAGCCGCGUUACCAAGAGCUGCAGGGAAAAGACAUCGCCCGAGCCGCCGGGAACGGCGUCGACGUCCGAGUCAUCGCGGGAGAGUCCAUGGGCGCCAGGUCCCCUGUGUACACCCGCACGCCGACCAUGUACCUGGACUUCACCAUGAAGCCGUCGGCGCACCUCUGGCAACCGAUCCCGGAGAGCUGGAACGCGUUCGCGUACGUGCUCGAGGGGGAGGCGGCGUUCGGAUCGGAGAAGGCCGCCCCGGUCGGACCGCACAAUCUCCUGUUGCUGGGCGGAGGCGACGGAGUGGAGGUGUGGAACCGGUCGCCGGCGAAGGCGGUCCGGUUCUUGUUGGUGGCCGGCGAGCCGUUGGGCGAACCGGUGGCUCAACUCGGGCCGUUCGUGAUGAACACGGAGGAGGAGAUCGACCGGACGAUCGAUGAUUUCGAAUACUGCGUCAACGGCUUUGAGAAGGCCAAGUGGUGGAGGUCAGAGUCCACCGUGGUAACUGAAGGUUGACGAUGUACGAUGGCGUGGAGAUUUGGAUGACUGGAAAGUACCACAUCGGCAUGUAAAACAACAAAUCAUUCCGUGUCAUAUCUUAAACUGAUGACGUAAAAUUGUCACAUCAAACUCGUCUUUUCAUCAAA